AUGAAGGAGAAUAAUGAGAAGCUUCCCCUGCUCAUGACAGUACACGGCGACCAUCCCUCUAGACAGUCCUUCUACAGUCUGGUCGACCGGCAGUCCCAGAAAACUCAACUUCCCAUCCUAAUCCCAAGGCGCAUAAUAGGCUCCGGUCACGGGUGGCUCGUCCUUGUGAACAUUCUGACAGGAAAAUCCUCCCUAUGGAACCCAGAUUCAAUGAGCCAGAUCAGCCUCCCCUUCCUUCACGACGCGCACAUGUACUCUCGGUGUGUCCUGACUGGGCCCCCGACUGAGCCCGACUGCCACAUCAUCUUCUGUUCCCUCAACGAAGAGGAGCAGACCGUGUUCCGAGUCAGGGACUGCACCACCGUCAGUUCGCCACCUGGAGAAGUGCAGAUCGCUGCCAUGGCCUCCUUCCGAGGGGAGAUGUAUGGUUUAGUCGACACAGACGACCGUGGAUUCGAGUUUGUGACCGUCCACGUGGUCGAGGGAGGGUUAGAGUUUAGACCGUUGUUGGACGAGUUGGGUCGAACCGUAAAGGUCCCAUAUGCAAGGAGAAACUGGGUGAAUGCGUACAAGUGCCACCUCAUCGAGGCGCCGGGAAGCGGGGGACUCCUGCUCGUCAUGAAGUUGAUGAGAGGCGGAUAUCUCAAGGUCGGCGUCGAGUUUAAGGUUUUCCGGGUGGAGGUUGCCGCCAACCAUCGGGUGGAGUGUGUGGAACUCGACAGCGUGGAAGAGUGGACUAUCUUCAUCAACAAUUUAGGGAGCAGCUUUUGCCGCACCUCUCAGAAAGGAGCAUGUCGACCUAAUUGUGUAUAUUACACCGAUGAGUGGAAAGGCAGGGCGGUGAAAGUGUACGACUUUGGGGAGAGGAGCACGACCGUGUUGAUGCCUUUUCGUUACGCGGGACGCUAUGUGUCGUUAUGCUAUUGGGUCGACAUCCCCAACAUUCCUGAACCUGAACUUGAACCACAAGAAGUUGAACACAAUCCUGAACCUGAACUUGAACUAGAACCACAAGAAGUUGAACCAGAACCUUGA